CUGAUCAAGGAGAAUUUUGCUCCAAAAAAAUUAAUGGAGCGAACUGGCAUUUGGAAACUGGAGUGAAAUCGGUAUAUCAAACUAAAAUAGAGCUGAGCAGAGCUAGGAUCUGCGUGGUGGUUUCAGGAACUGCUUCUUCAAGCUGGAGAGAACGAUGGUUGGGAAGGCCAGGUCCUCGAAUUUUACCCUGUCUGAAAAGCUUGAUUUGUUGAAACUUGUCAAGCCGUAUGUUAAAAUUCUCGAAGAGCACACCAACAAACACUCGGUCAUAGUGGAAAAAAACAAAUGCUGGGACAUCAUAGCUGAUAACUACAAUGCCAUUGGAGUAGACCGCCCUCCUCGCACCGCGCAGGGCCUGCGCACGCUGUACAAGAGGCUCAAGGAGUACGCAAAACAGGAGCUCCUGCAGCAAAAGGAGAGCCAUUCUGAUUACAAAAGCUACAUCUCUGAACCGACUAAGAAAGUUGUGGAGAUGAUCCCCCAGAUUUCCAGCGUGUGUUUGAGAGAGAGGAACAAUCUGCCAUGUGCCAACCUGGACAAAAAAAUAGUUGCCGCUACCAGCUCACCACAGCCAGUGUUGGAGCAUCACCCUGCUCCUAUCACACUGGAGCUGGAUCAAGAUGAGGAGGAUGUCAAGCCACCCCCAUCAUUAAUUGUAGAGUUGCAGACACAGGAGAGCUUAGAGCCAAGAGAACAAGAACACUUGGUCCAUGUCAUGGAGAGAUCUCCUUCAACUUCCCUGUCUUCUGUGGAUAUCAGAAUGUUAUCUCCGUCUCCCAUCCCCAGAAGAGAUGAAUUUUUCAGGCUUGAAAGUGGGGAACGAUUUCGACCAGCAUGUGGGGGAUAUGACCCUCAGAUGCUGCAAAUGCUAAAAGAAGAGCAUCAUAUCAUUUUGGAAAAUCAGAGGAAAAUUGGGCUGUAUAUCCAAGAAAAAAGAGAUGGCUUGAAAAGAAGGCAGCAGCUGGAAGAAGAGCUACUGAGAGCAAAAGUUAAAGUUGAAAAGUUAAAGGCAAUACGACUACGUCGGGAUCUUCCUGAAUUCAACAAUCUUUGAAUACCUAGCAAUUCUGCUGCAUAAGACCACUGUUAUUUCAUAAUUUUUUUUGCUCUAGAAAAGAAGUAUUUACCGUGUUUAUAUGGAUGGAUGAAAACAAACUAUUGGGGGUGGGGGGAAGAGUGCAUGGUUUUUUCCAUUUUGUUUUUCAUGCAGAUUUGCCAACAAAGCCAUUUUUCACUGGUCUUCCUAGGUUUUCUAAUUUGAAGUAGAACCAGUUGUAAGACUUUAAAAAAAUCCUUUGAAAUCUUGUGAUCACAUUACUGUUAGCAAAAGCAAAGAUAAUUUAUGGAGCUAUUGUAAAAUAUGCUGAUCUUAUUCUAUUUCAUUUUUUUCUGAAGCCGUUCUUAUCUGCCCUUGAAAAUACUCAUUUAUUUGUCCCUGGUUUAUUUGUGAGUCAAUAAACGUAUGCAAAA